AUGCUGCUGGACGCAGGACCUCAGUAUCCAGCCAUAGGAGUCACUACUUUCGGCUCCUCCAGACACCAUUCCACUGGCGACGUGACCGACCGCGAAGUGGGUUUGGGGAUCAACCCUUUCGCAGACGGGAUGGGAGCGUUUAAAAUCAACCCCAGCAGCCACGAUUUAGCCUCGGGACAGACCGCUUUCACUUCCCAGGCUCCAGGCUACGCCGCUGCGGCUCUGGGGCAUCACCACCACCCGGGCCAUGUCAGCUCGUACUCCAGCGCUGCUUUCAACUCCACCCGGGACUUUCUGUUUCGCAAUCGGGGAUUCGGGGAAGCGGCUAGCGCUCAGCACAGUUUGUUCGCCUCCGCUGCGGGGGGCUUUGCAGGACCCCACGGGCACACUGAUGCCACAGGCCACUUGAUCUUCCCUGGUCUCCAUGAGCAAGCCACCAGCCAUGCUUCCCCCAACGUGGUUAAUGGGCAAAUGAGGUUAGGCUUCUCUGGAGACAUGUACGGAAGACCUGAUCAAUAUGGGCAGGUCACCAGCCCAAGGUCUGAGCACUAUGCCUCCAGCCAGUUACAUGGUUAUGGCCCUAUGAACAUGAAUAUGGCUGCCCACCACGGAGCUGGGGCCUUCUUUCGUUACAUGAGGCAGCCUAUCAAGCAAGAACUCAUCUGCAAGUGGAUUGAGCCAGAGCAGUUAUCAAACCCCAAAAAGUCAUGUAACAAAACUUUCAGCACGAUGCACGAACUGGUCACACAUGUUACAGUGGAACAUGUUGGGGGACCAGAACAAUCCAACCACAUAUGUUUCUGGGAAGAGUGCUCAAGAGAAGGGAAGCCCUUCAAAGCCAAAUACAAACUCGUUAACCACAUCCGAGUCCACACAGGUGAAAAACCCUUCCCGUGUCCCUUCCCCGGCUGUGGGAAAGUAUUCGCGAGAUCGGAAAAUCUCAAAAUCCACAAAAGAACUCACACAGGUGAGAAGCCUUUUAAGUGUGAAUUUGAAGGCUGUGACAGACGGUUCGCAAAUAGUAGCGACCGCAAAAAACACAUGCACGUCCAUACCUCUGACAAGCCCUAUCUGUGUAAAAUGUGCGACAAGUCAUACACCCACCCGAGUUCUCUCAGAAAACACAUGAAGGUCCACGAAUCAUCUUCCCAGGGGUCCCAGCCUUCUCCAGCAGCAAGCUCAGGCUAUGAAUCUUCAACGCCCCCAACAAUCGUGUCACCUUCUUCAGAAAAUCAGACCACAAGUUCUUUAUCCCCUUCUUCUUCAGCAGUACAUCACACGUCCAGUCACAGCACGCUCUCAUCAAAUUUUAACGAAUGGUACGUUUAAAACACAUAUUUAAACAAAAAGACUCCGAAUAAUGAACACUUCGAAUCAAAAAACCCUAAAGCUGCCAAUAGACUCGGGACCGAAUAAAAAUGAAGAAUGAGACCUUUAUUUCUAAAGGCUUGGUAGAAAAAAAAAUAUUAAGGGGGUUUGUAGAAUGCAUGAGAAGAGGAGGUUGCCAGGCCAAAUGCCAACUGUGUAGGGUUUAAUGAACCACUAAUUAGGGGGUCUCAAUCUGCAUGUCUUCUCUGGCAGCAGCCUUUUUUUUUGUAAAUACAGAAUUAUUAGUUAAAAUGUACUGUUGAUUUUGUAAAUAGUUAUAUUACAACUUAAAGGGAUAUGUGGAAUUGUGCUCACUGCAUAUAUGUGCUGGGGUGGGGGUAUAUACAGAGGGAGGAAGAAAUUAAAUUUAUUUGAAUGGCAGAAUGUUUUAGUGAAUGUGUACCAAAAUGUGAAAAAAAUGCAUUGUAUUAUUCCAGUCUAAGCGUCCAUCUAACAGACUAUUACUGGUUAUCAGUGUGCUUUCUGUAUAAAGUGCAAAACUUUAGUCCCAAAGUCCAGUCCAAUUUAGUGCAGUACCAAAUGUUGUUUCACGUUUUUGUCAAUGAUUCGUACAGUGCAAGCCUGAAUCUACGUGUCAAACUGUUACAUUUCGUUUAUGUAAAAGUGAUAUUAAAAGAUAAAAACUAUAUCUGUCCGUUGCUUUUAACAAAUACAACAGCAUAAUGUAUAUAAUUCAUAAUUUUCAUAUUUAUCCCGCAUGUACAAGGGCCCGGCUAUUUACAUUGUUUAACAAAAAAAUUAUUCAAUUAUUUAUGGAUAGAAUAAUUCGUAUGUAAAAUUUAGUUUGCAAAGCUGUUUCGUAACAUUUCGUACAUUAUUAAAGAUUCUGAAAAUCUCAU